UCAUUAAUGUUCUUAUGAAAAAUGUUUUCCUUUACUUUUGAAAGAAUCAUCUUUCAUUUUGCUUAGUAAAAUAUAUAUUUUUCUCAUUUCUGGUCAUAUGAAUGUGUGUAUGUCAUACUAGGCUCCUUUUGUGUUUAUAUUAUGUUUUAAAACUGAAGCAAAGACCACUCACAGACAUUAUGUCACUCUUGGUGAAUAAACUUUCUUAACAGAAAUAACAUAAUUAGAUACAGUAUAAACCUACACACUAGUGAUGUGUCGUUCGCGAACGAGUCGACUCUAAGAGCCGAUUCUUUGUAGCCAACGAGAAGAGCCGACUCCGAAUCUUCAGCCGCUCAAUCCAUGCAGGCAGGGGCGGGACUUUAUUUUGAUGGGCACAGCCUGCGGCCAAUCACAUGCGAGGAUAGACUAGGAUCAUACCAUUAUGUGAAAGAAGGAAGGGGAGCAGACCCUCUGAAGACAGCAGUGACAGAGAGACACGGGGGAGUCGGAUUUAAAUGCAAGCGUGGGGGGGGGAUACAGAAAUGAGCGAAAAUAAAAAAAAGAAUCAGCAUCUGGCUGCAUUUUAAUGAUAUUGGAGACUGCAAAGCUGAGUGCAGAAUUUGUAAAAUGAAAAUAUCCGUCAGAGCAGGCAGGGUCAACAACAACACUGUAUCUGUGUAUUUUUUGUAACGAAAUAAAAUGCAUAAAAAUAAGGCUUUUAUAAAAACACUGAAUACAAAAAUGCUUACCAAAUACACAAGCCAUUCAUAAUUGUUAAAUCAGGCUAAAAUAGAAGGCGGGAGCCGGUUCUUUUAAGGGAGCCGAACCAAAAGAACCGAAUCUUUGGACAAAAAAACCCGGACCUCCCAUUACUACUGCACUACUACUAAUAAAUGCAGUAGAUUGUACACAAGCCCCGCCCCCUCAGUGACACAAAACGGAGAACCGUCCUCAACGUUGCGCAUGCGCAUGACAGAUUUUCGUGGUUGUGGUUAAAGCCUGUACAGAAAAGUGCGAAAGCCGUUCUUAAGAAAAACCCCUGACCCCUUGAGGCAUGGACUCCACUAGAUCCCUGAAGGUGUGCUGUGGGAUCUGGCACCAAGAUGUUAGCAGCAGAUCCUUUAAGUCCUGUAAGUUGUGAGGUGGAGCCUCCAUGGAUCAGACUUGUUUGUCCGGAACAUCCCACAGACGCUGGAUUGGAUUGAGAUCUGGGGAAUUUGGAGGCCAAGUCAACACCCCAAACUGGUUGUUGUCAUCAAACCAUUCCUGAACCAUUUUUGCUUUGUGGCACGGUGCAUUAUCCUGCUGAAAGAGGCCACAGCCAUCAGGGAAUACCGUUUCCAUGAAAGAGUGUACAUGGUCUACAAUAAUGCUUAGGUAGGUGGUACGUGUCACAGUAACAUUUACAUGGAUGGCAGGACCCAAGGUUUCCCAGCAGAACACUGACCAGAGCAUGACACUGCCUCCACCGGCUCGCCUUCUACCCAUAGUGCAUCCUGGUGCCAUGUGUUCCCCAGGUAAGCCACGCACCCGGCCGUCCACGUGAUGUGAUUCAUCAGACCAGUCCACCUUCUUCCAUUGCUCCGUGGUCCAGUUCUGAUGCUCACAUGCCCAAUGUUGCCACUUUCAGGGACACUUUCACUGCACAGGGGUCAGCAUGGACACCCUGACUGGUCUGCAGCUAUGCAGCCCGAUGCACUGACACCUUUCUAUCAGAACCAGCAUUAACUUCUUCAGCAAUUUGAGCAACAGUAGCUCGUCUGUUGGAUCAGAUCACAUGGUCCAGCCUUCACUCCCCACGUGCAUCAAUGAGCCUUGGCCUCCAGUCUUCCAGAAAGGUUUUCUACAAGAUUUUGUUUGCAGAAUGUUAUCCAGAAAACUGGGCCAACAGCUGGGGCGUCCCACUCAGUCUCUCUCCGGGUGGCUGGUUAGCAAGUUCCUGAUGAGGUACAACCAGAUCCUGGAGGAGAAUGCAGUGAAGCUGUGUGAGAUCCAGCCUGAUGAGACAGUGUUGGAGCUGGGACACGGUCCAGGUCUGGGUUUACGGGAGGCUGUCCAGCUUCUCACAGGACCUAGAGGAAAGCUGCUGGGGGUGGAUUACUCCAAUUAUAUGCACCACAUGGCCACCAAGAAUCUGCAGGGUCACGUAGCCAGUGGGAAAGUGGCUCUGUACUGCUGUGAUGUAGCAGCAAUGCCAUUAGAAGAUAACAGUGUGGAUAAAGUGUUCCACUGCAAUUGCUACUACUUCUGGCCCGACCUGAAGGCAGCGGCCUUGGAGAUUAACAGAGUGAUGAAACCAGAUGCGCUCAUGGUGACGACGCUCAGGCUGGAUCGCGUUGUUAGUUUUGCAUCUAAGAACAUGUUUCAUGGAGAGAACUGGCGACCCGAAGUUUACAUGGAGGCGCUACAGUCCUGUGGAUUCGCUGAUGUCCGAAUGGAGAACAGAACAGACAAGCUCAUCCCUUUUCAAGCUAUUUAUGCCACAGCGGCAAAGUAAAGCAGAAACGGAUCCCUGUUCUGCUAGACGUCUGUCUGUCACUCACACGCUUGCUCUCCCACCUUAUCUAUUCCCUCCCUUACUUACACCUUCCAUCAUGUACUCAAAUAACACUCAAUCAGCUCCACUCACACAAUCCCCUCACUUAAUUCAGUUGAUUGUCAUAGCUUUGUUUAAUUCAUUGAAAGUAUGACUGAUGGACAAAUCUUCAUGUUACCGGACCUCAGGACCCCAGUCUGUUUUAUUUGGUUGUGGGUAUUUUUACAGGGAGUGGCUUUCAAAUAGUUCACCUCCUCCAGCAUAGGGUAUCUUUAGUCAUCUUUCUCCCACUCUGCUCCUGUGCCUUUCCACACGAUUCCACCAUUCAUCUAAUGAGGGAACUUCAUCCACAGGCAUAAUGUUUACAUUUACAGCUUUGCAACAUAACUGUAGCUGUGUCUUUCCCUGAAACACAUUGAAAGCUGCAUCGUAAUGUCUCUUAGUGAUUGUCUUAAGUGUUGGAUGGUACCCAGUUUUAUCAUUGUUGAUUAAUUAUAAUAUUAUUUGAUCCUCCAUGUCUUUUUAAUAAUCGUGUUCAAUAUCUGUUAAAACUUACACUACCGCUCAAAAGUUUGGGAUCACUCAAAAAUUUGAUUGUUUUCCAAGGAAACACAGGAAAUUAAUCUGAAUAGAAAAUAUAGGACAUGCUGGCAUGUCAGAGUUAGAAAUAAUGAUUUUGAUGGAAAUGAUGAAUGUUUUCUUCAAACUUUGCCUUCAUCAAAAAAAAAAAAACACCUUUUGCAGCAAUUACAGUCUGGGCAUUCUAGCGGUCAAUUUUUCAAGAAAAUCUGAUGAGAUUUCACCCCAUGCUUCCUGGAGCUUCUCCCACAAGAUGGAUUGUCUGAUGGAGUCUUCCUCCGUAGCUGAAAUAUGCAAGUGAUCCCAAACUACUGAGCAGUAGUGUAUGUCCAAAUCCUUUUCUUCAUUUUUAUUUUAUUUAUUUAAUCAUACCUGGUCUGAAUAAAAAAUAAAUAAAUGGUCUAAUGCAUUUGCUGCUGUUGCUGUGUGUUUGUGUUGAUCUCUAAUCGUGUCCUUGUUUUAUUUCUUGUAACACUUUAUUCCAUGUUCAACACUCUGGCCAACACAGGUUGUUUUAAAUGUGCUUUAGAAAUAAAUCUGACUUAU